UUAGAAAGUCUUGCAAAGUGCGAUGGAGUCCUGCACAUGGGACUUUUAAAAUUCUUCUUGAUAGGUGAUUUUAAGGUAUAUCACAGUUGGAGUCAACUAGAAAACUUUCAAGACAUUCGAAGUAUUUAGCUCGAAAGCCUGAAUUGACAAGGUUGCAUUAAGAUGGAUGAUUUGGAAAAGCCUUGUAAACAUGAACGACUGUUCAAAAGCCAUUGUUUUCCUAGCAGUUUUAGUUUCAGAUUGGCUUUACACUUCAACUUGGGCUGAAACAUUCCCACCCCUUAAUUGCUCUACUUCAUCUGUUCGCAGUUGUGAUGCUUACAUUUAUCUCCGUAAUGUCACAGAACCUCUCAAAUCUGUUGCAUCAAGAUUCAACAUUUCUACCCAGGAAAUUACUCCCUUUAUUGGGCCUAAUUAUUUGGCCAAAAUUCAGUGCUCUUGCUCAGAUUUCUUGGGAGUUGAGGGAUUCUUUUACAAGGUUAAUUAUACAGUGCAAGCAUCUGAUGUGGGUUUAUAUGAAAGAGAGAUUUCUGACAAGUAUUUUAGCUAUACUGCAUGGACAGAAAAACAGUUCAGGACAUACAAAACAGGGGAUAAGGUACAUCUGGCUCUGGGUUGUGGGUGCCCUAUUCCUGGAUGGCAUUCAACUAUUUCUUAUGCAGUUCCUCCAAAAGGUACGCUUUGGAAGAUAACUAGAAAAUUUCAGUCCAACAUUAGCGACAUAAUAAGGCUCAAUAACAUCCCAAAUCGGGACCUUAUACGGGCGAACAGGGUAUACUUCGUCCCUUAUCAAACAGAUAGAAAUACUUCGACAGUUCAAUCUCCUCUUACUCAACCCAGCAAUUCCCAAAGCAAAGGUACACAACAGAACCAGCACAAAUACAACAAAAGACAAAUAAAAUUGAAAGUUUCUCUUUCGAUUGCCGCUGCAAUCCUGCUCCUAGUGUUGUCAAUAAUUAUCUUUUACUAUGGCUGCUGCAAUAGAGCUUCCUCACCUCCUCAAUCUUCUACAGCUAUAGAAAAUGGACAAACUGAAAAUUGGGUGGCACCGAAAUCAGAAACAAUAACCGGAAAUGGAACAGAGCAGGAGGAGGAAGAACAAGAACAAUUAGAUCAAAGUCUUUCACUGCCCAUCAUUACAAACCUCACACAUGGUCAGAUAAUUCAAAUGAAAAGCUAUUGUACCCAGAGGUACGAAAUUGGGGAAGGAAGCUUUGGAAGAGUGUAUAAGGGUAAUUUGAAAGAAAAAGAAGUGGCUAUAAAGAAAAUAAAACGUGCAGGCAGAGACAGCAAGAAAUUUGUUGAGAAUGAAGUGAGACUUUUGCAAGGUAAGGAGCACAAAAAUUUAGUCUCUCUAAUUGAAUGGUGUAUUGAAGAAAACACAUUUUAUUUGGUGUAUGAAUAUGUUGAUGGAUGCACUCUGGAUGAGUACUUGAGAGGAAGUUGCUCACAGUUUUCUCUGAAUUGGAAGCAAUGCCUGAGGAUGAUAUCAAGUAUAGCUGAAGGAAUAGAAUUCUUACAUCUCAAUAACAUCAUACAUCUUGAUAUCAAACCUCAGAAUCUGAUGGUGGAUAGUAAGGAUAAGGAGGUAAAAAUUAUAGACUUUGGGCUUUCAAGGCAUGUGGACUGGGAAGGAACCCACAGAUCAACUGAUAGAAUAGCAGGUACUAGAGGGUAUUGGGCUCCAGAGUAUUGUCUCAGCCACAAGCUCUCCUACAAGCAUGAUGUUUACAGCUUUGGUAUUGUGGUGUUGGAGGUGAUAACAGGGCAGAAGCAUGUUGACAAUGCACGAGGCUCAAGCCAGUUCCAUAUUCCAGACUAUGUACGUUAUAUGAUGGCCUGUAAUCGUUUAGAAGAAGCUUUGGACGAAAGACUCAGAGUGGAAGGCUUUGAUGAGUGUGAUCUCAAGGAUGCUUUGGCUGUGGUAAAAUUAGGCCUCAAAUGUGCUGAGCGAGACAAGGAAGAGAGACCUGAUAUGAGUUAUGUGGUAAGGUUACUCAAUACCAUGAGUAAAGAAAAUACUGAAGGAAACUCUUCUGAGAUGGGAGAUUAAGGAUAGUAUGAUAUUUGAACAAUAUACCAUAACAAUUUUCUUAAAUUGCAUAUCCUUUUCUUAUACUAAGUACCUAAGCGACUUAGGCAAUUUAUAUGGUAUUCUAUUGCUUAAAAUGGUUAUCAAUCUAUGGAGCUCACGCGAAUUUUUAUAAUGAUAUUUU